AUGGACGUUGGAACAGCUGCAGAAGGCCAUUCUCGAGGAGAUCGAACAUUUCCAGACCCGUUCGAUGACCAGAACCGAGUCCGAUGGACUGAAUCAAUGCUUGACUGUCAAUCAACGCGUGGCGAUCGUCGACACCACACCCCCGGUGAACAAUCUGGAGAUCGACACCAGUCGUCUGCCGGAGAAGAAACGCAAACAUCGACGUGA